AUGAUUAAGUAUAUUACUGAUGUUGGUACUGUUGAAUAUUCAGAUAAACUUUCUCCAGUUACAAAAGAAGAUGACAUUGUAGAUUUUGGUUUUAAAAACAAAAUUGAAAAAGUCGGUGAUGGUGAAGAUGAAUAUAUUCUUGUUCCUACCGAAUAUGAAGUUUCUCGUAAAAAUCGUGCCGCAUAUAUUAAUAGCUUUAAUGAUCAAGUUGGUUUAAAGGCUAUUGAAAAACAAUUACUAGUUCAAGAACUUCAAGAGGUUCUUUAUGAUGAUGGCAUUAUUGAUUUAACUAAGAUUCCUGAUGACCCAGUAAAACUUAGACAGUGGAUUAUUGAUUCUAAACAAAAAUAUUAUAAUAGUGGAAUUGAUUUAGGUACUGUCGAACAAGCCGCUGGAGCUACUCAAGAAGAAAUUAUGGAAGCGGUUAAAAAAGUUUUAGCUGCUAAUCAAGCAAAUGGAGGUAAACCUUUAGUUACUGCUAACGCUUCAAAAACUGAUUAUGGUCGUGUUUCUAUUCUUAAAGAACGUGCUUAUUAUCAUAUUUGGAAUAAUUUCUAUCGUUGCCAAAACUAUCAACAACCUGUAUUAGUCAAUAUUGGUAAAAAUGGUUAUAUUUCUGAUCCUUUUGAUGCUGUUGGUAAAGUUUAUAAUGGCACUAAUUAUGUUGGUAUUCAGAAUGCUGGUUAUCCAUUAAUGAAGGUUUGCAAAGCAUUUGAUUAUUUCACUGCUGGUACUAUUGAACCAUCUUCUUUGAAAGUUUCUCUUCCAUUAGGUGAGUUUGCUCCAGUUGUUCUUUAUAAUAAUAGAGUUGCAUCUGGUGGUGCUUUACCUUCAGGAACUGCUUUAAAAACUUUUGAAUCUGCUGCUGCUGCUGGUGGUAUUGCUCGUGUUGGUACUGGUACUGAAGGUGAUGGUUAUGCUUAUGCUGAUUUAUCUCAGGCUUCUGCUGCUACUAUCGACACAUUAAAAGCCGCUGUUUCUACUGAACAUUAUUUAGAAAAAUUAGACAAUUAUUGUGGUGAUUAUUAUAAUGGUGUUCUUCGUGGCAUUUAUGGUACUUCAAAUGGUGAUUUAAAUACUAAUAGACCUGAACAUUUAGGUUCAUGUAAGUUUAACAUUAAUGUUAAUCAAGUUACUGCUAUGGCUGAUACUACUCAAAAUGGUGGUGUUAAACCUGCUGGCUCUUCUGCUGCUGUUUCUAUUACUGGAAAUAAAUCUCAUUUAUUCCAUAAGGCUGUAUCUGAACACGGUUAUAUUAUGAUUCUUGGUUUUGCUCGUGUACGUGAUCAAGUUUAUUCACAAGGUAUUGACCGUGAUGAUUCUAAAGUUUCUCCAUUAGAGUUCUUUAAUCCAUAUUUCACAUUCUUAAGUGAUCAAGAAAUUAAAAAUAAAGAGUUAUAUUUAAAUGGUGAUGGUAACGACGAUAAAACAUUUGCUUUCCAAGAGUCUUGGGCUGAAUAUCGUUAUAGUUUAAGUAAAGCAUCUGGAUACAUGGAUGUAAAAGCUCCUAAUACUAUUGGUAAAUUAUGGUCUUAUGCUACUGAGUUUCCUGGUUUACCUGUUUUAAAUGAAUCUUGGAUUAGUGAGAAUCGUGAUUUUGUUGCUCGUACUUUAACAACUGGCACUUCUUCACCAUAUGAUUAUUUUGCUGAGUUCCGUAUUGAUAUUACAGAAACUUCAACUGUUGGAACUGCUGUUCUUCCAGGAACAAGAGGUAAUUAUGAUUCUUAUAAUAAUCCAUAUGAUAAUGGAUCAUGGAACUGGUUAACUGACCUUUUCAACGGUGGCAAAAGAAAUCAAUACGAUCAAGCUGCAGGAAUUAAUCCUUAUUUGCUUCUUCAAAAUGGUUUUGGUUCUCCUGGUAAUUAUUCUUAUCAAGUUGGUAAAAAUGAAGAAGAGCCUUAUAAGUUUAAGGCUAAUUUAUUACAGUCAAAGACUCUUAAUAAGAUCUGGAAUAAAGGAUUUAUUACUAUUGGUGAUGUUACUCCUGAUUCAUGCGCUUAUGUUGCUGGUUAUGUGAAUAAGAAAAUCGAUGAAGAAAAAAAAGAAUUGUUUAAUGCUGGUGUUAAGAAUAUGGAAGAACUGUAUCCUAAUAAUAAAGUUAUUGUUGAUAAUAAAAUUCAAAAUGUUGAUACUGUUUUUACACAGUUGUUAUUAAUUCUUCCUGAUCUUGUUCGUGUUGCUGAAACUAAGUUUUCUGAACCUGGUUCAGUUAGUGGUAUGUCUGCUAAAGAUGCUGCUGGCACUUAUGGUGAACAAAUUAUUACAGCUAUUGAAUCUAUUCUUGAAUCCCCGACUAAAACUAACAAGGAGGAUUAA